UGAACACAUACAAAAUAAAGCACAUUCGCACGCUACCGUCGUCAUACAGAGUGAGUAGUUCAAUACAUACAUAUAAACACAAUGGGAAAGCCUAAAGAUUCCAAGAAGGAGAAGAAAGUCAAGUCUUCUAAGACUGAGAAGGUUGUAAAGGUUGAGAAAACUGAAGAUAAAGACGAUGCUGAAUUUGAUUACGAUAGCCUGCUGUGCCGAGCGAACGAGAUUGCGUUUCCUAUGGCCAGCAAAGAUCUCACAAAGAAAGUACUGAAGAUCACAAAGAAAGCCGCCAAGAGCAAGCAAGUGCGCAGAGGUGUAAAGGAGGUCGCCAAGGCUCUUCGCAAGAAUGAGUCUGGUAUAGUUAUUAUCGCCGGAGAUAUCUCUCCGUUGGAUGUCAUAUGCCAUGUGCCCAUUAUGUGCGAGGAGAAGAACAUCCCGUACUGCUACGUACCGUCAAAAGAACAAUUAGGAGCGGCUGGCAAUACUAAGAGGCCCACGAGCUGUGUGCUGGUCAAGACACAUGCUGAUUAUGAGAGCGCAUACAACAAAUUGAAUACAGAGGUUGGUGCUCUGGAGGUUCCCAACGUAGCGUGAUUCGAAUGUGAAGAUAGGAUAUAUAAUUCAUAGAUGUCAGGAAAUAUGAAACUGUGCCAACUUGUAUAAAAAUUAUUAGGCUCUUAAGCAUCUCAUCGUUCCAUUAAUGAUUCAUUUCGUAUGUGUGCUUUUGUGUUCUCAAACUCG